AUGUUGAUUAAAUCAGAAUGUCAGCCACUUGACAAGACAAGACGCAAGCCGGCGCGGAACCUGUUUGAACAGCGUGAGCCGUGCAAGAUGGCCAGGGAGAUUUGCAGCGCUGCGUGGCCGCUGAACCCGCCGCACCGCCCUGUUAUCGUCGCUGCCUACAACAUGUCCGGAGAGACAGACAGACAGACAGACAGAUGGAGAGAGACGGCGAGGAAUCCACCGAGGCCCACCUCUCCUGUUCUCUCUCAGGGUGACAUCAGCCCUCUGACACUCAGGGUAAACAGAAGGGUGUGUGAUGGCACGACCAUGUUCCCCUUCACUCACACGCCGCCGAUGCCUCCAUCAAAUCCGCUCGACAAUCACAGAGCUGGAGGCGAGACAUACGUACGUGCUGAAAUCACAGGCCCCUGUAAUUACGGGGAACAAAGCCUCUCUGAGCAGACUCGCUAUAUGAAAGAGCAUCAAUGGGAAAUCAGAGCGAAGAAUGCUCAGGGUUGGUCCGUCUGUAUGGCGUACAAUAGGACUAUGAUAAAAGGGGAGGUUCAGAGACGGGAAUCGCGGAGGCAGGUUGCUAUUUAA